AUGACUAAUUCAAAUUCUGAAAACACAACGGUACAAGUGGUUAUCGUUCAUGGCGAUAAAAAACUUACAUUUAAUUUUGAUUAUGUAUUUGGUCCCGAAACACAACAGAGAGAUGUUUAUGAUAUUUCUGUCAGAAAUAUGGUAGAUAAAUUCUUGGAAGGGUUCAAUGUAACGAUUCUUGCUUAUGGUCAAACAUCAUCGGGUAAAACAUAUACGAUGGGAACGUCCGAUAGCGUAUCAUCAAUCCAAGAAUCACGUGGUAUCAUUCCACGUGCCUUACACACACUCUUCUCUUAUAUUAGUUCUGCGCAAUUUAAAUCUCGUAAAAUUACAAUGAAAGUAUCAUUUAUUGAAAUUUAUAAUGAAGAUUUAAACGAUUUAUUAAAUGAUACCGAUGAUGAUGAGAAUAAACCACAAUUAUUAAUUAGAGAAGAUUCAAAAGGUAAUAUAAUUUGGAGUGGAUUACAAGAAAUUAAAGUAAAUAGUGUAGAAGAAGUUAUGGGUCAUUUAGCACGUGGUUCAUUAAACAGACAAGUUGGAGCGACUGAUAUGAAUUCACAAUCUUCCCGAUCACAUGCUAUUUUUUCUGUAACUUUAUGUCAACAAAAACAAAUUUCUACAAACGGAAUUUCAAGUCCAACACCUCUUUCCCGUCCAUCAACUCCUUCAACUCCAACAAAACUUGGUUCUCCCCCUCCAAGAAGAUUAAGUAAAAUACUUGAUGAUGGUGAAUGGGUAACUGUUACAAGUAAAUUUAAUUUCGUUGAUUUGGCUGGUAGUGAAAGGCUCAAACGUACCGCAGUUUCUGGUGAUCGUGCAAAGGAGGGAAUCUCUAUAAAUUCUGGUCUACUCGCAUUAGGAAAUGUAAUUUCUGCUUUAGGUGAUCCUUCAAAAGCAAGGAAUACUACUCAUAUUCCUUAUCGUGAUUCUAAACUUACUAGAUUAUUACAAGAUUCUCUUGGUGGAAAUGCUCAAACUUUAAUGAUAGCUUGUGUUUCUCCUGCUGAAUAUAAUAUAAGUGAAACUAUUAAUACUUUAAAAUAUGCGAAUAGAGCUCGUAAUAUUAAAAAUUCUGCUAUCGUAAAUCAAGAAGAAGCUGAAAUACUCCUACUUUUGAUUCUUAUGGUCAUGGUAGAAGACCUUCUUCUUCUCUUAGUAUAA